AUGGCAGCGAAGCUGCCUCUUGGAAUAGUAACCCAUUCUCAAAAAGUGUGUAGUCUUUAUAAAAGGGCUUUACGUAACUUAGAGUCGAUUUACGAUGUACGCCAUGUAUACCGUUACCAAGCUGUGCUUAUGAGAGAUCGUUUUGACAAGAAUGCCAAAAUCACAGAUUUCCGUAAGGCUGUGAAACUUUUAGAAGAGGGUGAACAAGAAUUGUUCCUUAACCAACAUCCCUUACCCAGGAAAUUCCCCACUAGUCCUGGCGGUGUUGCCUACGGGAGAGUCGUAACUCCACCUGAUUGGGUCCUCGACUAUUGGCAUCCGUUGGAAAAAGCUCACUACCCUGAAUAUUUCAAGAAACGAGAGCUCCAAAAGAAAGAAUUUAUUGCAAUGUGGGAGAAAGAGUACGGCAAACCUGACCCUAAAGAUCAGAGCCACCAUUAA